AUGGCGGCGGCGGCGGCGGCGACGGCGGUGACGACAGUGACGGCGGCGGCGGCGACGGUGACGACGGCGGCGACAUUGACGGGUUCUAAAAUACAUGCUUCCAUCAGACGUACUCUAAUUUACAAAUUCCAGACUGAAAUUUCUGAAGGUGAUGUUUAUGCCAUACAAAAUUUCAGUGUUGCUCCAAAUUCUGGAAUUUACAGAACUACGCACCACCCUUAUAAGAUUAAUUUCCAGUUUGGUACCAAAGUUAGUUUGCUUGAUGGUAACUUGGUUCCUGAUGUGAAACCACAAUACACACCUUUGUCAUUAUUGACAACCACUGGAUUCGAUACUGAUUAUUUAGUUGAUGUAUUGGGAUUACUGGUCAGAGUGGGUACUGAAAGAGAAUUGCAAGUUGAUGGAAAGACAACAAAAUUAAAUGUCAUUGCAAUAGAAGCUGAUGAGUCUCGAAUAGAAUGUACUUUGUUUGGUAUUUAUGUCGAUGAACUGAAUGUAUUUCUUUCAAGUGGAGAAGUACAAAAUUGUGCUAUAAGUAUAGAAUUAGCGAAAGUCAAAACUUUUCAAGAUAAGGUUCAACUUCAAAAUUGCAAGUUCUGCACUAGGAUUAAGUACAAUGUUAACUUCAAGGAGGCAUAUGAACUUAAAUCAAGGAUGAUUGAGAACAAUGAAUCUCCCUCUCAAGGAUUAACGCAGCUGUCUCAGACUUCCAAACAUACUGUGGAAGAAGACUUUUUAACUCUUACACCUAGGACGACUAUUCAAGGUCUUAAAGAUUGUAAAGAGGUUGCAACUUUCAUAUUGUUUGGAACCAUUAACCAUAUCUUGGAUGAGGAUGACUGGUGGUAUACGGCUUGUGUUUGCAACAAAGCUGUUUAUCCAGAUUCAAAGAUGUUCUUUUGCGAGAAGUGUAACAAGCAUGUUAUAAAAGUCUUUCCAAGAUAUAGGAUUAAGGUUCGAGUUAUUGACUCAUCCGAUUCCACCACAUUUGUUCUGUUUGAUAGGGAUGCAACCACCCUUUUCAAAAAAACCUGUGCUGAUAUGUUAGAGUCUCAUGAUAAGAUGAAUGGUUGUGGGAAUUUUCCUAAGGAGUUUGAAGAAUUAGUUAAUAAAAGUCUGUUGUUUAAAGUUGAAAGUAGGAACGAUCAAACUUUCAAACUUGAACAAUCUUUCAGAGUGAAGAAAAUAUGUCUUGAUGAUGAUAUAAUUGAGAAGUUCAAUGAUUCUUCGUUGAAAUCUGUGGAUGUUUAUGCUGGCAAUGGUGAGUUUAGCAGAGAAAAACAGCGUGUAGUCAAUGAGUCUACUGUUGAUAUUGCAGAGGAUUUAUUAUUCAGAUUUACCAAAGAAACAAUUGACUGUGCAUCCCAAUCUGCUGACUUAAUCAAAGAUACUGCUACAAAUGAGGAUGGUAACACUUCACUUAAGAGAGAAUCUGCAAAGAAGACCUUAUCAAUUGAAUCCAUCGAAGAAGACACUGUUCUACUGAAGCUGCUAAAAAGAAAUAUUAAGAAGGAAAAAAUAGUCAAACAAUAG